AUAAUAUUAGCUUAGCACCAGGUCGUUCGAUAGUUAGCGCUUAUUGCCUGCUGUGUAGACUUGGGACUAAUACCAGUAGCAAACGGAAGCUAUGCUGGCAGCCCGGCGAGCCAGACGGGUCGCUUAAGCCCAAGCGACUUUCCCUCGACACCAGCGCCGUCUUGCUACUCUUGCAAAUGGGCGAACCUGCGGGUGCCGAUUUUCCUGCGGUACGAACGAUGUAUAUUGGUGAACCUAUUCACAUCCGGCUCGGAUUUUAAAGGUGCCCGAGGUAACACCACGAACGCGGUCGUGACGGAGCGAAGGAGUAGAAGGCGCAACUAUGGCGGAACCCGGCGAAGGGUCAUCCGAGCAAGAUGACAUUUCCUUCCUUCGGACGGAUGACAUGGUAUGCCUGCAGUGUACGGCCACGGGAACAAGAGUGUGCCUUGCUGCCGAGGGUUUCGGCAACAGGCACUGCUACCUGGAAAACAUCUCGGACAAGGACCUGCCACCGGCCAUGUUAUCUUGCGUGUUCGUCAUCGAGCAGGCGCUCUCGGUUCGCGCCCUACAAGAAAUGGUCACCGCAUCAAACGCAGGGGAAUCAAGUACGAGCACUCAAUCAGGCCAUCGAACACUUCUAUAUGGCCAUGCGGUAUUGCUGCGUCACCAAAGUUCGAAUAUGUAUCUCGCCUGCCUCUCAUCCUCGACUUCAAGCGACAAGCUCGCCUUUGACGUUGGACUUCAGGAUCAUUCAGAGGGCGAGGCGUGCUGGUGGACGAUCCAUCCUGCUUCAAAGCAACGAUCGGAAGGAGAGAAAGUUCGGGUCGGAGACGAUCUCAUCCUUGUGUCGGUCGCCACCGAAAGAUACUUGCAUACUGCAAAGGAAGGCGAAAAUACGAUUGUGAACGCUUCCUUUCACCUGACUCACUGGCCAGUGGCACCGUUCGGUACAGGAGCAUCACGCACGAAAAACGUCGGUUAUGUAUUUGGCGGCGAGGUCAUACGAUUCUAUCAUUCUGGCGACGAGUGUUUGACCAUCCCGCAAAACUGGAGUGCAGAAGCUGGCCAAAAUAUUGUGGUAUAUGAAGGUGGCGCCGUCCUCAAUCAGGCUCGCUCCCUCUGGAGACUCGAGCUAGUUCGAACCAAAUGGGCAGGUGCUUUCGUCAACUGGGAAAACCCAUUAAGGAUUCACCACAUUACAACAGGCCAGUAUCUCGCGUUCAAUGAUGAUAAGGAGGUGUGUUUGGUGCCGCCAGAAAAAGCCACACUCCAAGCUACAGCAUUCUGGUUGCGGAAAGAAAAAGAUGACAAAAAGGUACAGAUUGACGAGAAGGAAGAAGAAGUGCUGGGAGUUCCUCUUAUCAAGUAUGGCGAUACGACAAUGUUCAUCCAACAUCAGGAGACCGGGCUGUGGCUUUCGUACAAGACGUACGAAACAAAGAAACGUGGCGUUGGAAAAGUUGAAGAAAAACAGGUAAUCAUGUCAGAAGAAGGAAAAAUGGACGACGGGUUGGAGUUUUCCAGAGCUCAGGUUGAAGAGGCUCGUACAGCCAGAGUAAUCCGGAAAUGCGGUUCUCUGUUUACCAAAUUCAUUGCGAGUUUGGAUGACAUGUACACGCAAGGUGCCAAAGCGCUGGAGGCUUUCGAUCAGGAUGAGAUGAACCUCUGUUUUGAGGAUCUCAUCAAUUACUUCGUGCAACCUGAAGAGGACAUCGAGCACGAGGAAAAGCAGGCAAAACUCAAAGCCCUUCGAAAUCGUCAGGAUUUAUUUCAGGAAGAGGGCAUUCUAACCUUGACACUGGACACAAUCGACAAGAUCAAUGCUAUUACGACAGGGCAGAUUGUCGCUGGACAUGAAGCGACGAUGCAGGAAAUUUUGUCGGGCGAAGGCGGACCCAACUGGGAAGAAAUUUCCGGCUACCUUUACCAGCUGCUGGCGUGUAUUAUCAAAGGCAACCACACGAAUUGCGCGCAGUUUGCACAGCCGCAGAGACUUGAUUGGCUUUUUGGGCGCUUGGGGAGUCAACAAGCCAGUGAAGGUAUGCUGGAUGUACUUCACUGCGUACUGAUCGACUCACCUGAAGCUCUAAAUAUUAUGAAGGCGGACCAUAUUAAGGUCAUUAUUUCUCUGUUAGAGAAACACGGUCGUGAUCCUAAGGUCCUUGAUGUCCUAUGCUCGCUAUGCGUCACUGGCAAUGGUAUUGCAGUGCGGUCUUCACAGAACAAUAUAUGCGACAAUCUAUUGCCCGGCCGAGAUCUUUUACUGCAAACAAAACUGGUCGAUCACGUCGCCAGUAUGCGGCCCAACAUCUACGUAAGCAACGUGGACAAUUCGGCCAUGUUUAGGCGUUGGUAUUUUGAAGCACAGGUUGACCACCAAGAGAUGAUCUCUCAUCUCGUACCCUAUUUGCGCAUCGGGUGGGCUUCGACCGCCGGCUACGUUCCGUAUCCUGGGGGAGGUUCGAAAUGGGGCUGUAACGGAGCUGGCGAUGAUCUAUUUUCUUACUCUUUCGAUGGCCGCAGCCUAUGGACUGGCGGACGAGAAAACGUUGUACAUCACGUUGAAGAUGUCCCUCUUAUAAAGAAAGGGGACAUCAUUGGCUGUAUCCUUGAUCUCAACGUUCCCGUAAUUAGUUUCACUGUUAACGGACGAAAGGUCAAAGGAUGUUUUAGAGACUUUAAUAUUGAUGGAUUGUUCUAUCCCGUCAUAUCGUUCUCCGCCAAGGUCAGCUGCCGUUUCUUGCUGGGUGGGGACCAAGGUCGCCUUCGGUACGGCCCUCCCGAGGGCUAUUCUGCCCUAUGCGAAGUACUGCUUCCCCAACAGGUUCUUAUGGUAGAGCCAUGUUUCCUUUUUGGAGAUCUCUUUAAAGGCAUCUAUCAAGGGCCGACGGCAGAACCUUCCCUUGGUGACGUGGCGUUUGUACCGAAACCUGUGGAUACAAACACAGUGAUACUAGCACCAUUUAUAGAACAGGUGCGAGACAAACUAGCGGAGAACAUUCAUGAGGUGUGGUCAAUGCGUAAAAUCGACGAAGGCUGGUGCUGGGGCGCUGAGAAAGACACCGAUGAAUGGCUUCACCCCUGUUUGGUGCCUUUCGCCCGUUUGCCCCCAGCUGAAAAACGCUACGAUAUCAUGCUAGCCCUUCAAACUCUCAAAACAAUCGUUUCAUUAGGCUACCAUAUUUCGAUGGAUCAGCCACCGGGAAGGAUCCGAACGAUUAAGUUACAUAACGACCCGUACAUGCAACCGAACGGCUAUAAGCCAGCACCCCUCGACCUAUCGCAGAUUACACUUAAUGCGAAGAUGGACAACUUGGUCGACUUGUUGGCAGAAAACACACACAACGUAUGGUCUCGCGAACGCAUUCAACAGGGCUGGACGUAUGGCCUCAUUGAGGACUUUCAGACACGUCGUAGUCCUCAUCUGGUGCCUUACAAGUUUGUUGACGCCACCAUUAAGAAGGCGAAUCGGGACACGGCCGCUGAGACAGUGAAAACGCUGUUAGCGUACGGUUACGUACUCGAGCCACCAGCUGGCGAUACCGAACAACAGGGCUUAAGCAAAGAGGCUGCUGCAACGAAAGUGAACGCAAGGACUCUUCGUGCUGAAAAACAAUACGCUGUAUCAUCGGGCAAGUGGUACUUCGAAUUUGAGGUAAUGACAUCUGGUUUAAUUAAGGUCGGCUGGGCGACGGUGAAUUUCCUACCGUCAUGUGAUCUUGGGGGUGACGAGAACUCGUUUGCCUAUGACGGUCUCCUAGGCCAGAAGAACACGGCGGGAGGUUCAGAAACGUACGGUCGCCAAUGGGCUGUAGGUGAUGUCAUUGGAUGCAUGUUGGAUCUACACGAUAAGACAAUUUCAUUCUCGUUAAACGGCGAGCUCCUACUUGAUGCGUUGGGAGGCGAGGCGGCCUUCACGGACAUUCCUGGCGAUCUUGGCUACGUUCCCGCUUUUACGCUUGGAACUGGUCAAAAGUGUCGUGUAGUCUGGGGUCAUGACGUCAACCAGCUGCGAUUCUUUACUACGUGCGGAUUGCAGGAAGGCUACCAGCCCUUCUGUGUCAAUAUGAACCGCCAGCUAAGUAUGUGGUAUAAUAAGGACGAUCCGAUCUUCAUAAACUUCGACGAAGCCGAAGUCUGUAAUAUCGAAGUGACGAGGAUCCCGCCCGCAGGUGAAGCACCCCCAGCUAUCAAGAUCACUCACAAGCUGUUUGAGUCUGUAGAGAAGGUGAACUACGAGUUUUUACGUCUCAGUUUGCCUAUUCAGUGCCACAACGAAUUUAUUGAUGGGACAGCCAAAGAGCGACAAUGGGAAGAAAUGCGAUCCCGCCAAAAACACGAGGUAAUGUUCCAAAUGGACUCCUGCGAUAGACAACAACGCCAACGGGAUUCCAGGCCUCCAGGAAACUUGGAGCAGCAUAUGCUACAGAGCGGUUUUAGCAUGUCCGACGUUAAGGACCUCCAACGUGCGUAUUCAGAGGACGCCGCUGAAGGCCCGGGAUCCGACUCGCCUGUACUGCCCAAAGGCCCACCUCCGCGUAGGAAGUCGAUUCGAUCUGGCACGCUAACGAAGACAGCUUCGUUCGAGCAUGCCACUUUGGGGAUCCCGGGUGUGGCGGAUAAAAGUGGCUCAGAGCACUCCAUGGUCCCGUCGAUGAGCGAACUAGAACUGCGUGCUAAAGGGCAAGAUCCGCACGAUAAAAAGACUCGCGGGAAGAGCCCAUUCAAGUUCUUCUCGCGUAACAAGGAUAUUCCCACAAUGGAGCCAGCCCCACCCACAAGUCUAAGUCCACCACCUACGGUCACAAUUAGGGAACCGUCCAUUCGUGGACCCUCACCGUCGGGAGGAUCAGCAACAGGCUCAGCCGUUGGCCAGCUGACUGUUCCAGGCCAAGUACCUGGUCAGAUUUCUCGUCAAGGAAGCACCCGACGCAUGUCAAUGGCUCAUGUUCCGAUUCCUCAUGAGGAGGGCGGAAAUCAACUCGACCCGCGGCAUCUAGAUAUGGCUCACGAAUAUUUCUACGGAUGCCGUAUCAUGCCCGGCCAGGAUCCCCAACACGUCUACGUCGGCUGGAUUACCACUGCUUAUAAGUAUUUUGCCAAAGGAUUUGAUUUGCAGAAAAUCCGAAAAGUAGCAUAUCAUGGAUUUGGAGAGGAUGGAAGUGUUCAGGAAAUCCUUGAGCGCAAAAACUGCUACAUGGUAUGUGCUGGCCAGCUCUUGCAAGAAAUUCAGAUGGCUUCUGGUGAAGGCUCUUCUCGCGGGGCAUCAAAUCAAGGAAUGUACGUCGGUUGCCAUAUCGACGUUUCCACUGGUUACCUCACCUUUACAGCUGAUGGAAAGCCGACUAAGGCUCGUUUCAAGAUUGAGCAGAGCACAAAGCUUUUCCCAGCUGUGUUCUUUGAGGCGACAACAAAAGAGGUCUUCCAGUUUGAGCUGGGAAGAACACCUUCCACCCUUCCACUUUCGGCAGCUCUUCUUAAGACAACUGCCAAGAGUUUACAGCCACUAUGUCCACCUAGAUUGCGCGUUCAGUGUCUCCAGCCGUUUUCUUGGUCUCGUGUGCCUAAUUACAACCUGCGACCGCAUGCUCUUCGUCUUUCGGAAAUUCGAGGAUGGUCUAUUAUCGUAGAGGACUAUGUAUCCAUGCUUGCAGUACAUAUACCUGAAGAGGAUCGUUGUAUAGAUGUCCUAGAGCUCAUCGAACAGGACCGUUUGCUGAACUUCCAUGCAGGUUCACUUGCUUUGUACGGGGCACUCUGCUAUCAGGGUAACCAGCGGGCCGCGCACAUAAUCUGUAAUCAUGUCGAUGAGAAACAACUGAUGUACGCUAUUCGAUCGGCGUAUUUAUCCGGUCCUCUGCGAUGCGGCUUCACCAAUCUGCUAAUUGCUCUACAUCUCGAGUUCCAUGCGUACUCAAUGUCAUUAACACAGAAUGAGUUCAUCAUUCCGCUGGGCUCGCAAAUCAGAGAGUUGUACGAAGAUCCAAUGACGGCUCAUUCCUUCCAGACGCUUAAAUGCGUCUCUAUUAGGCCGGUUCUUACCUUCUCGGAUGUGUCUGAAACGGUCGACUCCAUCAAGGACCUUCACACGCCGACAUUUCCUCAUGAUGCACUUCGCCAGUUUGUGAUGGAAGGCCUCGCAGACGCUGUUCGAAAAGACUCCAAGCCAAAUCGGGACCCGAUCGGAGGCAGCAACGAGAACCUCUUCGUGCCUCUGUUGAAGCUGACUGACAAACUACUUGUUACGGGUCUUUUUGAUGAUGAUGAUCUGGCAUGCCUACUCAAACUUCUUGACCCCGAUGUAUUUGGCGAGGUAGAGGAACCUGAUCGCGAAAUUACUGAGGUUCCGCCAAUUGGCGAGACUCCGAAAAAAAUGGGGCUCAUAGACAUGAAUAUCGCGGAGGGUGUAAAGCUUCAGAUGUGCUUAGUUCUUCACCACUUACUUGAUCUCCAAUUGCGCCACAGAAUCGAGGCUUAUAUCGCGUUUACCGAACAGUUCGCCAGAGAUCUUCAGGCCGACCAACUGCGACGCUAUAUCGAGAUCAAACAGUCCGAUCUGCCAUCAUCCCUUGCAGCUAAGAAGACAAGAGAAUUCCGCUGUAAUCCUCGAGAGCAAAUGCGAACUGUUCUAAAUUUCAAGAAUCUUGAUGAAGAGGCCGGAGAAGAGUGUCCUUGUGGAGAGGAUAUUCGCUCACAGCUCGUGGAGCUCCACGAUGAUAUGAUCUAUCGUUUGAAGGUCUGCGUGGCCGAGGAAGAAAACGGAAAGCAGUUGUCAGAAAAAGACGCGGCCGCCAAGAAGUCGUCGAUCGGACAAAAGCUCAUGAGUAUUGUCAAAUUUAUGAAAUCAACGACAGAAGACGAACAAGCAGAAGCCGAGCCGGAAGCAGAAAAGCCAGUACUACUUGAGGAACUUUUCAUAAAGAAAGUGUCAAAAACCGUUGUGUCCUGGGCUCAAAAAAGCGAAAUUGAAAAUCAUCAAGUCAUACGCCAGAUGUUUGACCUACUGCUCCGUAUCUAUAACGCUAUAGGAGAGCUCAUAAACUCGUUGGAUAAGACCUACAUCAUUUCGGAAAAAAGCAAUGAUGAUGUCAUCAGUCUUUUUGGCAAUCUAACCAAAAUUCGUGCGCUACUUCCUGUUCAAAUGUCUCCCGAAGAAGAGGAAAUUAUGCGAGUAUCUUCCUGGUCGCUGGUACGAAAUCGUGUGUUCUUCCAGCACCCUGACCUCAUUCGAAUCCUACGCGUCCACGAAAACGUCAUGGAUGUUAUGGUAAACACUCUAGGCAAGCGGGCACAAACUCAGCCGUCGCAAGGCGAAAAAAAUGACGACAAAAACACUUCUCAAAUGGUAGUGUCGUGUUGUCGUUUUCUUUGCUACUUCUGUCGAACGGGACGCAUUAACCAGAAAGCCAUGUUCGACCACCUUGACUUCGUUUUAGAAAAUGCCAACAUCCUUUUAUCGCGUCCCUCGUUGCGUGGCUCGACGCCGUUGGACGUAGCCUAUUCGUCGCUCAUGGAGAAUUCGGAGUUGGCACUUGCUUUGCGUGAGCACUAUCUUGAGAAGAUCGCUAUCUACUUGUCACGUUGUGGUCUACAGUCAAACCAAGAACUGGUAGACAAAGGUUAUCCUGAUGUGGGUUGGGAUCCCGUCGAGGGUGAGCGCUAUCUAGAUUUCCUUAGAUUCUGUGUGUGGGUGAACGGCGAAUCGGUGGAAGAGAACGCCAACCUUGUCAUUCGACUGCUAAUUAGGCGACCGGAAUGCCUUGGCCCAGCACUUCGAGGUGAAGGUCCUGGCCUGCUUGAGGCCAUUAAGGAAGCGAUCAAAAUGUCUGAGAAUAUAGCAAUAAAACGGGAACAACAAGGCCUGCCUGUAAGGCCAACGGAAGACGAAGACGAAGAUUACAUUGAUAUGGGAGCAGCAAUCUUGAACUUCUAUUGUGCCUUAGUCGACCUGCUGGGCCGUUGCGCUCCCGAGGCUGCUACAAUUGCCCAAGGCAAGAAUGAAUGCAUUCGAGCUCGAGCCAUUCUACGAUCGCUGGUUCCUCUCGAUGAUCUGAUUGGAGCGCUCAGUUUGCGGUUUACACUGCGUACUGCACGACGAAACAAGGAGGGUCAGCUUAUAUCAGACCUCCCAGCGGGGUUACACCCAAAACAUAAACAGAGCAUUGCAUUGUUCCUCGAGCGUGUCUACGGUAUUGAAAACCAGGAUAUCUUCUACCGUAUCCUUGAAAAUGGCUUUUUGCCCGAUCUUCGUUCGGCGACGAUGCUUGAACGCGAUGACAACAUUCAAAGCGAGAUGGCGUUGGCUCUGAACCGCUACAUUGGCAAUUCCGUUUUGCCGAUGCUCAUUCAGUACUCGCAUUUCUACCGCGAUGCAGAAAACUAUGAUUAUCUGCUGGACGCCGCCUUACAAACUGUGUAUCGUCUAUCCAAAGUCAGAAUUCUGACAAAAGGUCAGCGUGAGCUUGUAUCCGAUUUUCUCGUAGCUCUGACCCGCGAAAUGCAGCCCUCCAUGUUACUGAAACUUCUCCGAAAGCUCACAGUUGACGUUUCACAGUUGACCGAGUACACAGCUGUCGCGCUGCGAUUGUUGAUGUUGCACUACGAGCGCUGCAAUAAGUACUAUUCAUGCGGUCAGGGUUCGUACGGCAUCGCAUCGGAAGAGGAGCGCCGUCUAUCCAUGAUCCUGUUCUCGAAUAUCUUUGACUCGCUCUCCAAAAUGGAAUACGAUCCCGAGCUUUUCAGUAAGUCUCUGCCGUGUCUGACCGCCAUCGCCUGCGCGUUGCCGCCAGAUUAUUCAUUAACAGAGUCGAGCGAUGACGACUGGGAUAAAAGCAAGCCAACUAUUUACACGCCUACACCGCUUGAGAGUAUGGGAAUCCAACUGUCAGGUGAUCUUCAGAACAUCGUACAACGCUUUUCCGAGCAUUAUCAUGAACAAUGGGCCACACGGAAGUCAGAAGCCGGUUGGCAAUACGGAGAACGUUUCUGCAAUGAGCUCCGAGCACAUCCGAGACUAAAGCCUUAUAAUCUUCUUCAAGAAUGGGAAAAGGAACGCUACAAAGACCCUAUCAGAGAUUUGCUUAAGGCUAUUCUUGCCCUUGGGUGGAGACUCGAACCAGGAGAUCAGCCACGCUCUACUGGGCCUAUAUUUCAUAACUGCAUUAAUCCGUUAGAUUACAUGCCCACACCGGUCGACCUUUCGAGUUUGACCUUGAACAAGGAUCAGAUGGCGCUAAUGGAGCGCAUUGCAGAAAAUACUCAUGACAUCUGGGCGUGCGGCGUCAAGCGACAGCUGGAUUCUAUUGGAGGAGAAAUUGUGCCCCAAUUUGUACCAUAUGAUUUUCUAACCGACCAAGAAAAGUACAAGCAUCGAGAUCGUGCUCAGGACCUUUUAAAGUUCCUUCAAUAUGAGGGAUAUCGCCUCAUUAGUAAGGACAAAAAGCGUGCAGACGAUGGUUUAGGCGAUAAGAAGCAGGAGGUUCGGUUUGCUACUUCACUUCUUGAGAAGUUGAUUCAGUAUUUGGACGCAGCUGCAAUGCAUAUGAAGCUACUCAAACCAAGUUUACCCUUCAGUCGGCGAAGCUCUUUCCGCCAACACUCAAAGGACGUUAAGUUUUUCAAUAAAGUCGUACUUCCCUUGAUCGAUCGUUUGUUUGUGGCUCACCGACAAUUUUUCCUUCAAGCUGCUACAGCGACAAGCAAUAUCGGUACGGCGACGGUCCGAGAAAAGGAAAUGGUUGCUAAGCUUUUCUGCAAAUUGGCUGGCCUCUUCCGUUCAAAGUUUAUGGUGUUCGGCAGUGAGACGAAACUCACCGUUUCGUGUCUUCAAGUACUUUGUCGCGCCACGGAUGCCCGUACGGUCGCUAAAAGUUGCCCAGAUCUUGUCAAGACGUCGAUUCUGACGUAUUUUAAUAAUGUCGCCGACGAUUUAGAUAACACUUUAAAAAACCUCGAAAUCGGUAAAUACACUCAUCUCCGAGGAACUCAUCUCAAAACGUCUACAUCUCUCAAUUACAUUCAAGUUGCUGUAAUUCCUGUUCUUACAGCGCUAUUUGACCAUUUAGCCAACAACGAAUUUGGAGCUGACUUGCUUCUUGAGGACGUUCAGGUUGCGUGCUAUCGCAUCCUAAAUGCAAUCUACACCCUCGGUACCCGUCAAAACCUACAUCAAGGCAAAUCGUUUGUGAAGGCCGAAAUGGAUCGUCAUCGUCCAGCCUACGGCAACUGCCUGGGAGCGUUUGCUGCGUCCUUCCCUGUUGCUUUUCUUGAACCUGCAUAUAAUAAAUUCAAUCCCAACUGCAUUCAUUCGAAACAGGAGGAACACUCCCUAGAAGCCCAGGCUGUCAUGGCUCAGCUAGAGAGCUCCAUGCCGAACAUUGAUGAUUUAAUUGCCACCGUAGAUAAAUUCGUCACGAGUGGCACCCGUUAUAUCGAAGAGCCCCACAUCAUUGAGGUGAUCGUACCAAUGCUCUCGGCUUAUCUCCCGUUCUGGUGGAGCCAGGGCCCAGAUAAUGUGCCGCCUUCGGCACAAGGCCACCAUGUCACGAUGGUUACCGCUGAUCAUCUCAACAAAGCCCUUAGGAGUAUUCUCAACCUAUUGAAAAGAACGGUGGCGGUGCAUGAUUCCCCAUGGAUGAUCACCAUUGCAGCUCACGCUGGUCAAAUUGUGAUCAAUUCAUCGGAAGAGCUGCUUGAUAGCACCGUACUGCCACUGACGGAAAAAAUCUUCGGUGUAAUGGACGCGCUAUUUAAGAAAGAAGAGUCAAUGCGAGCAUUUCUUAAGUCAAGCGCCGAAGACACGUCCGAACUUGAGAAUCAACUUCAGGAAGAGUACGCGUUGCUAACUCGGGAUAUUUACGCCUUUUAUCCACUGCUUAUCAAAUAUAUCGAUUUGCAAAGGAAUCACUGGCUCAAGCACAACGUCAAGAGCGCUGAAGUCCUUUACAACCUCAUUGCGCAUAUGUUUAACAUGUGGAACAAGUCUCAGUAUUUCCGCCGUGAAGAAGCAAACUUCAUAUCGAUGUACGAGAUUGACAAUAUGGCGCUUAUCAUGCCUUAUUCGGCCAGCACCAAGGGCCGACCGAUUAUGCAGUCGAUGGGCUCAUCGGGAUCGUCUGAGAGUCCUCAAGCCGGCAAAAAAGAAAAGAAAAAAAAGAAACGAGAUACAAAACGAGAUAAGGAAAAAGAGCUUGCUGCCUCGCUAAUGGUUGCUUGUCUCAAGAGGAUCUUGCCCGUCGGCUUGAAUCUGUUUGCUGGCAGAGAGCAGGAGCUUGUACAGCACACGAAGGAAAAGUUCCUCAACAAGGAAGUCGACGAGGUGAUCAGAGAGUACGUGAACAUUCAGCUGACAUUGCCCGAUAAGAUCGAUCCAACGGACGCUAUGAGCUGGCAGCAUUACCUUUACUCAAAGCUCGGCCACAAAGAUCAAGUUGAAGAUGAGCAAGCCGUAGUACCUUUAUCCAACGUCAAGAAAGAAAAAGAGGUCGUCGUAACCCAAGAGAUGCUCGUGGAUCGGAUCAUAGAUAUGGCAAAGGUCCUUUUCGGUCUGCACAUGAUCGAUCAUCCACAGUCGUCAUCAAAGGACGUUUACCACAGCGUCGUAUCGACACAGCGGAAACGUGCAGUUAUCGCUUGCUUUCGAAUGGUCUCCCUCCACCAACUGCCUCGGCAUCGUUGUAUAAAUAUUAUGCUUCGUACGUACAAAGAUAUGUGGCUAGAAGAAGAAAAUAUCGGUCAUGAAAAGCUUAUCGAGGACCUGACAACGACGUUCGAGGAGGCUGAAAAGGGCCAGGACGUAUUAUCGGCCGAGAAGGAGGGCGAGGAAUCACACGACCCCCUAUCACAGCUCGUUCUGGCGUUCUCACGGGCCGCCACCACGGAACACAGUGGGGCAAUCGGUGAAGACAAUCUUUACAUGCUUUAUGCAUAUAUCUUCAGCCAGAGCUGCGGUGGGGCCGAGGAAGAAGAGGAGGAGGAUGGCGGCGAUGAAGAACCAUCGCUCCAGGAACAGGAGCUGGAAAAACAGCGGCUGCUGUUUCAACAGGCGAGAUUGGCCGAUAGAGGGGUCGCUGAAAAUGCUCUGUUGUACAUGUCAGCAUGCAAAGGCCAACAAAGCGAGAUGGUGUUGAAGACACUGAAACUCGGGAUUUCACUGCUCAAAGGCGGUAACACCGUUGUUCAAACAAGAAUGCUAAAUCACCUAAAAGACAAGAAGGACGUUGGCUUCUUCACAUCAAUAGCUGCGCUAAUGAAUUCGUGUAGCGUACUCAAUCUGGAUGCGUUCGAGCGUACGCAAAAAGCUGAGGGUCUCGGCGUCGGGUCCGAAGGUAUUGCAGGCGAAAAAAACAUGCACGAUGCAGACUUUACGUGCGCUCUGUUCCGUUUUCUCCAACUGCUCUGCGAGGGUCACAACCUCGACUUCCAGAAUUACUUGCGCACACAGGCUGGUAAUACGACCACAGUGAAUCUGGUCAUUUCAACGGUUGACUAUCUCCUCCGUCUGCAGGAAUCGAUUAUGGAUUUCUUUUGGUAUUACUCAUCGAAGGAUGUUGUUGACGCACCUGGUAAGGAAAAUUUCUGCAAGGCUAUAACAGUUGCCAAGCAGGUUUUCAACUCACUUACGGAAUUCAUCCAAGGUCCCUGUUGCGGAAAUCAGCAGGCCUUAGCACAUUCACGUCUAUGGGAUGCCGUUGGUGGUUUUCUUUUUCUGUUCGCCCAUAUGCAGAACAAGUUAUCUAAGAAUGUGUCCCAACUCGAUUUGCUACUCGAAUUUUUGGAUCUGCUGAAAGAAAUGGUAACCAUGAUGUUGUCCAUGCUUGAAGGAAACGUCAUGAAUGGCACUAUCGGAAAGCAGAUGGUGGAUACGCUGGCCGAAUCCGCUACAAAUGUCGAAAACAUACUUAAAUUCUUUGAUAGGUUCCUCAAGUUACAAGAACUUACUGGUUCAUCAUCCUUCAGCGAAAUGGAUUCGAAGAACACCGGCUGGAUCGCCUAUAGCGACUUCAAAAAGGCGAUGGAACAGCAGAAAAUCUAUGAGCCAGAGGAGAUUCAAUUUUUGAUGGACUGCAUGGAAGCAAAUCUUGACAAUAUGGUUGACUAUCGUGAGUUUACCGACCGUUUCCUCGGUCCUGCGAAAGAAAUCGGUUUUAAUCUUGCUGUGCUACUGACAAACCUUUCUGAGCACAUGCCUAACGAGCCCCGACUGGCGCACAUGUGCGAGGGGUGUUCAACGCUGCUAAGUUACUUUGAACCAUUUAUGGGUCGCAUCGAAAUCAUGGGCUCUGCUUCGCGUAUCGAAAGGGUCUAUUUCGAGGUCGAUGAAUCUGUUAUUGCCCAAUGGGAAAAGCCACAGAUCAAAGAAUCGAAAAGGGCCUUUUUCUACAGUAUCGUCACAGAGGGCGGCGACAAGGAAAAACUCGAGCUAUUUAUUAAUUUUUGCGAAGACGCCAUCUUUGAGAUGCAGCACUCAUCGCUAAUUGCUUGCGAGGAAGAAGAAGAAACACCGACCAAAGCUGAGGAAUACGUUUACGCCGGAGGCGAGGAAGAGAAACCGACCGGAGUAAUACCUCUGCUGAAGAGCGGUUUAAGAGCGGGGUGGCUCCAGAUUAUGGUAGCACUAAGCAUUUUGACGCCGGGAAAUCUCAAAGCACAGCUCGAGAAAACAAAGCAGAAAUCCCCGGUGGAGCUCAUCGUGAAUUUUGUCAAGGGCAUCGUGUAUAGCGGUGUUUACUCUCUGUGGAUUGUCUAUUUCGUUAUAAAAUCUACAGGAGGGUUCAUAAUGCGAUUGAUGUCUGGUAAACCGAUACUUGGCUCACCGGAAGAUGAAGACGAUCAAGGCGCAGUAAAACUCAAUAAAUUCGGUAUGCCUAUAACAGCUGUCCCGGUAGCCACUCCUGCAAUCGAGGCAUCUCCCGCCUCGGUGCCAAUGAUUGCAGAAACUGCGGCCUCGGUAGAAACAUUGCCUCCCGUCGAAGAGGCAAAACUCGUCGACACUGCCCAAGUUGAAGGUGCUCCGACAGAAUCAGCUGCCCGUGAAGAAUCCAAAGACAACGAAGUGAAAGGAUCCAACGUAAAUGUCGCUGCUGGAGCGGCCGCGGCAUCGGCCGCUGCUAUCGCCCCCGCCGCUCCGAUCGGAAAGGAGAUCGCGCUCCUUGAGCCGCCAAAGGAAGCUAUGGAAACGAAGCGGCCAUCACUAAUUCAACAAGACAUUCAGAAGCAGCAAAAUGAGGCGAUGAUGUUGACAGAGCCUUCAACCACCACCACCGAGACAAAAACGGAAGCAGAGAGUGGACCGGCCGUUGGAAAAUUUCAGUUGUCUAAUGUCGGUCUGAAGGUCGUGUCUUUUCUGGCACGAAACUUCUACACUAUGAAAUACGUCGCGCUGGUCCUCGCUUUUUGUAUCAACUUCAUUCUCCUUUUCUACAAGGUGACGACACUGGAAGAAGAUGAAGAUGACGGCUCCACCGAAGUUGUGAAGUCAGUGUUCGACGACGACGACGACGACGACGAUGUAUCGGGUUCAAAAGGUCUUCUAUCGAAUUUGACGGAGGUAUUACUAGGUUCAGGCUCGGGCUCGAGCGAGGACAGCGCGGGCUCGGAAGAGGAACUUGAAGAGUUUGUCGUCAUCGAUGAAAAGCUCUACUAUCUCGAGCCAAUCCUUCGAGGUAUGGCAAUUAUCCAUUCGAUCAUAUCGUUCUGUAUGAUGAUCGCCUACUACAACCUCAAAGUUCCGUUGGCGAUCUUCAAACGCGAGAAAGAGGUAGCUCGGGCGAUGGAGUUUGAUGGAAUGUACAUUGCCGAGGAGCCGCCUGAAGAUGAAAUCAAAGCACGUUGGGACAAACUCGUAAUAUCGACACGCUCUUUCCCUGUUAACUACUGGGACAAAUUCGUCAAGAAACGUGUACGGCAGAAAUACAGCGAAACUUUCGACAUUGAGCAGCUAAGCAAAUUGCUCGGAAUGAGUAAGGGAGGACUGCAGGAAGAGGAAAAGUCUGGGGGCAUCUUUUCGUUCAUCACGAACGUCGAUUGGAAGUAUCAAAUCUGGCAAGCGGGAGUCACUAUCACGGAUAAUUCAUUUCUGUACAACCUGUGGUAUCUGACUUUUUCGAUCCUUGGCAACAUGAAUUACUUCUUCUUUGCGGGUCACCUGAUUGACGUAGCGGUGUGCGUGCCCUCACUGAAGACGAUUUUGCAAUCGGUCACCCAUAAUGGCAAACAACUUUGCCUCACCGUGAUGCUGCUAACAAUUGUCGUGUACAUGUACACGGUAAUCGCCUUCACAUUUUUCCGCAAGUUUUACGUCCAAGAAGAAGACGACGAAGUGACACAGAAAUGUCACAACAUGCUAACGUGUUUUGUGUUUCACCUCUACAAGGGUGUACGAGCCGGUGGUGGUAUCGGUGAUGAGAUUGAAGCGCCCGACGGUGAUGAAUACGAAGUCUACCGAAUUAUUUUCGAUAUCACGUUCUUUUUCUUCGUUAUCGUUAUCCUGCUCGCCAUCAUUCAGGGUUUGAUUAUUGACGCCUUCGGUGAACUGCGUGACCAACUGCAAAGUGUGGUAGACGAUAUGGAGUCCAACUGUUUUAUAUGCGGUAUCGGCAAGGACUACUUUGACAGUGUACCGCAUGGUUUCGACACACACGUCGCCAAAGAACAUAACCUAGCGAAUUACAUGUUCUUCUUGAUGCAUUUGAUCAACAAGCCCGAUACGGAGUACACAGGUCAAGAAACCUACGUCUGGGAAAUGUAUCAGCGAAGAUGUGGGACUUCUUUCCUGUUGGAGACUGCUUCCGCAAGCAGUACGAAGAUGUCGAAGGGAACUCCUAAUGGAACAUUAUAAAGAUGGUGAAUCAGAUGCUAAUGAAGGCUGUAACUAUAAUAAGAAGCUUCAACGUAAUAAGAACAAGCCCUGUCAACUAAGUAGCCGACUAUUUUGAGAGAUAAGCAAAUACAAAUUGGUCGGCCACCGCUAUCCGGCUUAUGGGUUUACUGAUUCGACGGGCAGAUCACCUUCAUACGAAGCCAUUUCGUUGCUCGAUCGUAGCCUGUUGCCGGCAUGAACAUCGAACUUCAUAGGCUGCUAGUAAUAACUUCCUAACACUUUUUUGCUUAUUUAUUUUAGCAAUCAUAAUUAUUUGAUCUUUUUUUUAGACGAUAUGAGCGCACUUGUUUUUGGGUUAACGUUAUGAGAUGACAAUUUGCUCGCUUGCAUUGAUAUAAGGAAAAUUCAAUGUCCAUAAAUUAACGAUAAAAGAGGAGAGAUUGUAUCAGUUAUUUCUGGCAAAAGGUGUUAUUCAGCGAUGAAGCUCGAGUCUUGUUGGAUGGCAUCUCUUGCAUAUACCUAGUAAAUUUGAAAUUGUUUUCUACUUGUUUAAUAAUAUACUACUGAAAAAGCUGUUGUUUUUGUAUUAGAAACAAGCAUGGACACACGUACUGGUCUUGUACACCAUUUUUUUUUAUGUAUCAACUCCAAAUAUUUUACUGCCCCAUAAAAACUGAUCGGUGUACGUUUCAGCAAGAAAUUGCUGUUGCCGUUGUUUCAUGUACUUUAUAAUAAAUAGUUCAGUUUAUUAAUUAA